AUGCCGAGGCCGCAACCACAUCACCGACCACCCGAAACCACUGCACACCACCACCCACCACUGCCCCACCUCUGCCAUCACUACUGGCCGGAGGUCAGAGCAAUGGUCAUCCCCGAACCCAACAUCAAAGGAACGGGGAAGAAGGAUGGAAGCACAGCGGAGCUUCGGCCCGAGAAAUCGGAAGUGGCCACAAAGGAGAUAAUGAAAGAUAUAAUCAAGAUUCUCAUAUCUAUUGAUGAAUUUCACCUACAAAGGAUGAACUGGACAAAGAGUAAACAGCCCAAUUACGAGAACUCAUUGAUGAAAAUACAAGUACGAAUUCUCUCUGUUGACAUUUCUAUUUUCUUUCGCAUGUGUUCAAGUGCUGCCACAGAUAUAAAAUUCAGAAAGCUACUCGGAAAGCUAGUCAGAAGUCAUCCAUGGUCAACGAUAUCCAUACCUGCUUUCUUUGGUCCAGCAGUAAGCUUCAUUUCCAUUGAUAGAUUUACUAAUUCUCGUUCAACAUCACGAAUCUUGGAGUAA